AUGCCGCGCAAGGCGAUUGACUCGCGAAUCCCCGCUCUGAUCCGAAAUGGCGUCCAAGAAAAGAAGCGCAGCUUCUUUGUGGUUGUUGGUGACCGCGCCAAAGAUGUGAUCGUGCAUCUUCACUAUAUCAUGUCCAGCGUGGAUGUGAAGCAGAACAAGUCUGUUCUUUGGGCCUACAAGAAGGAUCUGCUGGGCUUUACCAGUCACCGCAAGAAGCGCGAAGCAAAGAUCAAGCGAGAAGUCAAGCACGGUAUUCGGGAACCCAACCAGGAGGACCCAUUUGAGUUGUUCAUCACCCUCAACCAAAUCCGCUAUGUCUACUACAAGGAAACAGAGAAGAUUCUGGGUAACACCUACGGCAUGUGCAUUCUCCAGGACUUUGAAGCCAUGACCCCGAACCUUUUGGCCCGCACAGUCGAGACAGUCGAGGGUGGUGGUAUGGUGUUGUUGCUGCUCAAGAGCAUGAGUAGUCUGAAGCAAUUGUACACGUUGUCCAUGGAUAUUCACUCCCGCUACCGAACAGAGGCGCACGAUGAUGUUGUUGCUCGCUUUAACGAGCGCUUCAUCUUGUCUCUGGGAAGCUGUGACUCCUGCUUGGUUGUUGAUGACGAGUUGAACGUGCUGCCUAUCUCCGGCGGUAAAAACGUCAAGCCGCUCCCUCCCCCCGAAUCCACCGACGAGUCGAGCUCCGGCACAAAGAAGGAAUUGAAGGAAAUUAAAGAGAGCCUGGCUGACGCGAAGCCUAUUGGCCCCCUGGUGAACCUUGCUAAGACCGUGGAUCAAGCAAAGGCGCUCUUGACAUUUGCCGAUGCGAUCGCCGAGAAGACACUGAAGAGCACUGUUACUCUGACUGCCGGUCGUGGACGAGGAAAGUCUGCUGCUCUUGGUGUUGCAAUUGCAGCAGCCAUCGCCCACGGAUACAGCAAUAUUUUCAUCACUUCACCGAGCCCCGAGAACUUGAAGACCUUGUUUGAGUUUGUGUUCAAGGGCUUCGAUGCUCUGGGUUAUCUCGAUCACGUCGACUACACCAUUCUCCAGUCGACUAACCCCGAUUUCAACAAGGCGAUUGUCAGAGUCAACAUUCACCGCAACCACCGUCAGACCAUUCAAUACAUCCAGCCGCAGGACGCCCAUGUCCUUGGACAGGCUGAGCUCUUGGUCAUUGAUGAGGCUGCUGCCAUUCCCCUGCCAUUGGUGCGCAAGCUGAUGGGUCCCUACCUCAUCUUCAUGGCCUCCACCAUCAACGGUUAUGAAGGAACCGGUCGUUCGCUAUCUCUGAAGUUGAUCCAACAGCUUCGUGAACAAUCCCGAGGUGGUCUCAAGAGCAAUGACGACACAGAUGUAGCAGACCGCAGCACCGGCAAGGCUUCGAAGAACGCAGACAAGAACCUCGGCGGCCGUUCUCUUCGAGAGAUCACCCUCGCAGAGCCGAUUCGUUACGCCCCGGGAGAUUCUGUUGAGAAGUGGUUGAACAAGGUCCUGUGCCUUGAUGCGACUCUUCCCAAGUCUCGUAUGAACACCCAAGGUUGCCCGCACCCCUCAAAGUGCCAGCUGCUCCAGGUCAACCGGGAUACUCUGUUCUCUUUCCACCCUGUUUCAGAGAAGUUCUUGCAGCAGAUGAUGGCGCUUUAUGUUGCCAGUCACUACAAAAAUACCCCCAACGAUCUUCAGCUCAUGAGUGAUGCACCCGCACACCAGCUCUACGUGCUUGUUCCUCCAAUUGACGAGGAAGCUACGAAGCUGCCAGAGCCACUCUGUGUUAUCCAGGUUGCUCUUGAGGGUCGCAUCAGCAGACAGAGCGUUCUCAACAGCCUUAGCCGUGGUCAGAGAGCCGGUGGUGACCUGAUCCCCUGGUUGGUUAGCCAGCAGUUCCAGGAUGAAGACUUUGCCAGCCUCUCGGGUGCUCGAAUUGUUCGUAUUGCCACAAACCCCGAGUAUGUAGGCAUGGGAUACGGUUCACGUGCCAUGGAGCUCCUCGUUGAUUUCUUCGAGGGCAAGUUCACUAGCCUGGAUGAGAAUAUGACUGCUCCCCAGGAAGAGAUGGUCCGUGUUACAGAUGAAGAGCUCGCGAACUCGAGCCUCCUGGACGACAAUGUGCACGUUCGGGAUAUUCGCACUAUGCCUCCUCUAUUUGGAAAGCUGACCGAACGCCGUCCUGAUGCCCUUGACUACGUUGGUGUUAGCUACGGCUUGACCCCCUCACUCCACAAGUUCUGGAAGCGCACUUCGUUCCACCCGGUCUACCUGCGUCAAACCCCCAACGAACUUACAGGAGAGCACUCGUGUGUGAUGCUUCGCACUCUGGCUGCUGGUACGAACGAUGCUGGUUGGUUGGGAUCUUUCUCCCGUGACUUCCACCGCCGAUUCCUUGCUCUGCUCUCUUACCAGUUCCGCCAAUUCCCCUCGGUCCUCUCUUUGAGCAUUUGUGAAUCUGCCAACGCUGGUGCUAAGCUUGACACGACUGCCGUGCUGCGCAGCUUGAAGAAGGCUGAUCUUGAUGCCGCUUUCUCGCCUUUCGACUUGAAGCGUCUUGACAGUUACGCAAAUAACCUCCUCGACUACCACGUCAUUCUAGAUAUGAUUCCUCUCAUCGCAGAGUACUACUUUUCCAAUCGUUUGGCUGGCAAAGUGAGCCUGUCAGGUGUUCAGCAGUCAAUCCUUCUGGCCAUUGGUUUGCAACGCAAGAGCCUGGAUGACGUCGAGAAGGAGCUAAACCUCCCCGCUCCCCAGCUCCUUGCCAUGUUCCUCAAGAUCAUGCGCAAGGUAUCCACUCACUUCCGUGGUAUCGUUGAGGGUGCCGUGGCCGAGUCUAUGCCCGCAGAAAAAGCCCCUGUCGAACCUGCAGGUGGUGCCCAUGAUGACGAUAUCAUUGAGGACCGUUUCAAGCCGUUGGAUAUCGGUCUGGACGAGGAGCUCAAGGAGGGUGGUCAGCAGAUUGACGACGAGAUGCGCGAGAAGCAGCGUGCGCUGAUCGAUUCUCUUCCCUUGGACAAAUACGCAAUUGAUAGUGGUUCCGCAGCCUGGGAAGACGCUGAGAAGCAAAUCCGCAACGGCGGUGCUGCUACUGUCAGUGUGAAGUCCAAGCCGUCGAAGCGAAAGAAGGGCGAGACCGCUCGUGAGCUGUUCGACAAGGAGGUCGACGCAAAGAGACAAAAGAUGAUCAAGAAGGGCACUGAGGGCCGCAGCAAAAAAUAG